UCCAGUAUAUUUGUCGGUAAGUAAGUGUUUUAGGUCGGUUGUGUAUUGCAGAAGACAUAUUUUCAGAAAACUUUGGCUGACUGAACUUUACACACUAAACAUGCAGACUUUGAUACUAAAUCAAAAAACUCAACCUCUGAACCAUGAAAAUAUGGUCAAAUCAUAUUUUGGACAUGACAGAUAUACUGGGGUGCUUGAUGCAUGUGAGAAGAUUUACAUGCCUUUCAAUUAUCGAGGAGUACAUUGGGUGUGCCUAAAAAUAGAUAUGGUAGACCGUGUGGCGUACCUAUUUGACUCAUUGGCAUCCGCCACACUGGACACCAACAAGCUGAACACAGCAAAAAUGUUGGUUCAAACAAUGCAUGCCUUACUGCAACUACAGUUUGGAAAUGAAUAUGCUGUAGACAUGCGUACCUUUGAGGUGCGCAUGUUAGAACAAAGGCCAUUACAACAGCUGGACGACACUUUCGACUGUGGGAUGUUUGUGAUCAAGUACAUGCAGCGGCCUGAUAUACCCAGCGGUCCACACAAGGUACAUUGUACCGCUUAAUUUCCAAUUGCGAAAUAAAUCCGUUUAUUCCCUACCGCUGUAACUGUACUUGAUUUGUGUUAUUCGCUUUCUGUACAU